CAACAACAACAACAGAAGCAGCAGCGGCUAACGUGAAGCUAACGAAAGAGUUGCUCUAAAAACAGCCUAAUUUCUGAUGAUUUCUCUUUUUGCUGCCAUUUGUUUCAGGGCUUGUGACACGUCCCUGGUUUGAUUGUUUGGAGGCUAGUUAUGUCACACACAGCUAAAUGAGACAGACACGAGACUGAUGAACUUUCGACCGCGGAUCUAUGAUAUGAACUGAUCUUAAUUAUACAAGCUCAUUCUGGAGACACUCGCAGUUUACACCUGUUCUGAAAAGCACUGGAUGUUAUUAAAGGUCUCCCCCUCUCCUGGUCUCUCUGAUGGGGCAGGGCCAGGCUGUGGCUCGGUUGCCAGAGAAGCUCCUAAGACACGCAGCUCUGGUGAAAGAGAGUGGAUACUUAACCUACGACGAGUUCCUGGCACGAGUCGCCGAACUCAAUGAUGUGACUGCGAGAUUGGCGGCCGGGCAGCAGAAGCACCUCCUGUUCGAGGUGGAACCGGGGUCAGACGCGUCGGCUCUGUGGAAGGUUGCGGUCAGAGUCGUCUGCACAAAGAUAAACAAAGAAAGUGGAGCAGUGGAGGCUUCUCGCAUCAUGAACCUGUACCAGUUCAUUCAACUGUAUAAAGACAUCACGAGUCAGGCUGCAGAGCUGACAGCAGAGAGCGCUACAGAGGGAACAUCAGGAGGGGUUCCUAAUACAGAUUCCUGCCAGGCCUCCAUGUGGAUGGGAAGGGUGAAAGAGCUGACCGAUGAAGAAGAGUGCUGUAUUUGUAUGGAUGGAAAAGCCGACCUGAUCCUGCCCUGUGCCCACAUCUUCUGCCAGAAGUGCAUAGACAAGUGGAGGGGGCAGCAGAGGAACUGUCCAGUCUGUAGGCUGCAGGUGACCGCGGCUAACGAAUCCUGGGUGGUGUCGGACUUUCCCUCUGACCAAGAGCUCGCCGGUUAUAUCCUUGACUUGGCAGACGAGGCCGGGCAUCCACACAGACCAUAGUACUACUGUCAGAGUACGACUACUACUAUAUCCAGUAGUACAAAUACUACCACACAGGAGUAUACAGCCGUAACAUUACGACCACUGAAGGGUGCAUCCUCAACCUUGCAGACAUGACUGAGCAUCCACACAGAUCAUAUUUUGGUCCAGGUUUAAUCCUGGGUUUAGUCCCUUGGUGUGCUGUGGUCAUAAUGUUUUGGCUCAUAGUUUUAUCACUUUAGUCAAAUCCAAAACUCAACUCAUUUCAAUGUUAUUUUUAUAUUUUUAACUCACUGACCAAAAAUACUGAAUUUACAACCAACAUUUGAAGUUCUGUGAAAAUCUAAACACUGUAAAGCAGGAGUCUACAACCUGUAGCUUGGGAGCUACCAGUGGCUCUCCACCCCCUUUCAAGUAGCUCGCCAAGGGAUUUCUGAAUUGCAUGUAUUGUGCUGAAUAACUAAGAUUGGAUUGAUUAAAAGGCUAUUACAAUUGUAAAUGUGUCAUUUUGAUGACUAACGUGCAAUUUGUAAGCGUAUAAACAUCUAACUGUGCCCCAUCUAAGGCUGUGACUCUUAAAUUUAUUCAGUUUCUUGUGACCGUUAAAAUGAGGAGCUUUUUGGCAUUUUCAUUUUGUAAAAGUAGCUUGCCAGAUGAAAAGGGUUGGAGACUCCUGCUGUAUAGACUGUAAUAACAUGUAAAAAAGAGUUUAGCAGAUGAAAUGGUGUGAUCGAGGCAUUCUCAUUUAUAUUUUAAGAUUUGUGAGAUUACAUCAGAAUUAUACUUUUGUUUUCUUAUAGUUGUGUCUAUGAAGUCUAAUGUUGUUAAGUUGUUACAAGACUUUUUCAAAUAAUUUCAAAUGCUGUAGUUGUGUUUUUACAUGUGUUUUUAUUGCUUGUGAUAAACAUGCAUUCUGACUGAGCAGUGUCACCUCUCCACUGAUCUGACCAGUAACUUGUCCUUUUGAUAUCACCUGCUUGUCUCUAUGGAGAUAGAUAAGGCUAAUGCCAUACUGUGGAACAUUCAAGGCAAGGACAAGCAGCUAUAAAGUGAUGUUAAAUUUUAUUCUGUGCACAUGGGUCAGAUCUACAGUAUGGUUUUUAAACGCACUGUACCAGAUUUUUUUCCCAGGUGUUUGAGCAAAAUGUCUCUUGCUUCAGUACAGAUACAUUGUAGGCCAUAAGCAGCUCUUGAAGUCAAAAUAAGGCUUGUUUACUGUCUGCACCUAAUUAUAAAGCAUUUUAUUGUCUGAGAAUCAGGAACUGCACUUUCAGUGCCAUCGUGGUGAAUACUUAAAAUAUUCAGAAUGCAUAAGGUAUGUGAGGAAUAACUUUGGACCACUGCAAUGAAAAUAAAAUUAACUAGUUCUGUUUUUCCACAUUUUAAGGCAGAAAAAAAUCUGGUACAGUGCCUUUAAUUAAUAAUAUGCAAAAAAAUAUAUGCAUUCAAUUACUGUGCAAAAUGUAACUACAGCAUUUGCAUAGUGUUAUUGUCCAGUGUAUUUGGAGGCUGUGAGAUUCAAAGUCAUAUUAUGGGCAGCUCCAUUGGUUGUAAAUGCAUGUGACAGGUUUUCACUUUUUUCUAAUUCUGACUUGGUUCGGUGGAAUAAUACCAUAUAUAAAUGGACAUAGCUAACCCGCCAGCUGCUGUGUUCCAAAUAGGAAGUGUUCAUGGGGGAUCUAUCGACUCCCAAUUUCUAAUUGACUUUACGACUGUCACCUAUCGCUCUAACUGCUGUAGUGAGCUACGUCAUUUUGGUCUUAAAAUGUUUGUAUUAACCUGCUCUGCAUAAUCCUGGGUUUUUUAUUUUUCAAUUUUGUUCAUUAAUAAAAUUCUAUUUCUAAUAUGGAGCUUGGCUCCAAAUUCGCUCCUGUAACCGCAAGCAUCGUGAACUUCAUUUGACUGGAGCUGAACACUACUCCCUUAAUCUACUUUCUUAUAUAGUCUAUGGAUAGUACCUGUGGAAAAUAGUUUUCAUAUCAAAUCAGUUUUACAUCCGUUAAGUGGCAGUUUGUGUGCACGGAAUUACCUCUUAAGUAUGUCACAUUUGUGUCAAGAAGUAAAAUUAUAAUCUUCACCAAAAUUAAAACAUUGAAUAAAUAGAAUUAUUAAAAAUAAGAUUUUUAAAUUUUUUUUUUUUAACAAAAACAAAGUUUAAAUAUAAUUAUAUUAACUGUGUUUUAGUGAAAUGUGUAGUGUAACCUGUCAUAUGCACUUGAAACUUGGCUGGACUUCCUUCAUUUGACUCUUUCUCCGUUUUGUUCAUGUUUUGAUGCCUUUAAUAUCUUACUAUUGUAGCUAUAUUUUAAUUUGCUGGAGGUCUGGUGGUUUGAUAAGUUUUAGAAUAAUUCUGGGGUUGAAAUAAGUUGCUGACUUUGUGUUUUAAAAUAUGAAAUAAAUUGUUUAAUUUCC